AUGAGCCAGUCCGUGGGUUUCAACUGGGGUUUCAAGCCUAGUACUGCAGAAAAUACGAGCAGUGCGAUUUCUACAUGCAAAGUUACAAAACCAAGGGUUAAAAGGCGAUUCGCCGGCGAGGAAGCAGCCUCUGGAGGCAGCCCGACUUACAACAACAGGCCCCGAGCCGUAGCGAAGCGCAGGACCGCCGUCUCAGGUAUACAGGGCCAGCCGCUCCCGCUCUCUAGGGCUCUGGAGCUCAUGGACCGCACGCAGCUGCAGUCGACGCUGCUGGAGCUUGUCAAGCUACACCCGGAGAUCCAGAGCACGUUCAUGGCCCUCCAACCUCCGUCACGCGGCCUUGACCAGUACGUGACGCUCUUACGCGGCAAGUUGGAACAAGUUUACGCGAACCUCCCCUACUCCCGACUGCGAGACCGUCUCCCAGACGACACAGGCGAGGGGCUCAACGACUACACCUUCGUGCGCGUCAAGUCGUUCCUUCUCGAGUUCCUCAACUGCCUCGUGGACUGCCUACUCGAGAGCAUUCCUCCACAGGUGCAAAACCCGCUGCAUUCUCUCAAACUGCUGGACACCGCCACAGGGCUUCUGAGCCAGCUCCCGCAUUUCUCUACCGCCAGCAAUAACUAUUACAAGAACGUGUGCUACGAACAGGUCGCCGAGAUCUGGUCUACCGUGAUCCGGCAGGCCACCCAAGAUAUCUCCUUUUUGGGCGCCACGUCCACAGUUCUUGACUGGCUUCAAAUUCUACAAAAGCAUAACGAAAAAUCUCAGGGAAAGCUCCAAAGGCCUCUCUCCCUCCUACAGACAUUCCAAGAGUCGCUAGAGCCUGUUCAAGCCCCUGCCGGUAUUUCCCAGGACCAACAACAGCCUUCUAACCUCUGGAACAACAUCGUGUAA